AUGCGGGCGUACCUGCUCUCGCACGCGACGGACGCGCCGGAGACGCCUGAGCCGGACGCGGGAGGGGACGAGUCCUGGUGGGACCGCGCCGAGGAGGACCCAGAUGUGCAGCACGCGUGCUACUACGGCCUCGCGGCGGCUUACGCGCUGAUGGGCGCGCUAGCGCUCAUUCAGCUUCUCAGAAUCCAAAGGCGCGUCCCGGAGUACGGGUGGACGACGCAGAAGGUCUUCUUCUUGCUCAACGGCGUCGUGGGGACGCUGCGCGCCUUCGGGAUGGGGUUCCGGAUACAGAUAGCGCAGAUGGGCAACGCGGCGGAGCGCGGACUGCUGCUCGACCUUCCAGGUCUCAUCUUCUUCUCGACGUACACGCUCCUGGUGUUGUUCUGGGCGGAGAUCUACCACCAGGCGCGCUCGCUCCCGACGACGCACCUCAAGCCCGCGUUCGUCGCGGCCAACACCGUCGCGUACGUCAUCCAGGCCGGCAUCUGGGCCUUCAUGUUCACCGCCGAGCGGCCCGAGGAGGAGGCCGUCACCGCGCUGUGCAGCGCAUGGUUCAUCGCGGCGCUCUCCGUCAUCGCGGGCUCGGCCUUCCUCCUCUACGGCGUCCGGCUCUGGCUCAUGCUCCACCGCUUCCCCGUCGAGUCCCGCGGCCGGAGCAAGAAGCUGCGCGAGGUCGGCCUGGUCACCUGCAUCUGCACCGUCUGCUUCACCGCGCGCGCGGUGAUCGUCGCCGCGCAGAGCCUGCAGCGCGACGGAGCCUCCGCGCUCGACGUCGUCGCGCACCCGCUCUUCAACACGAUGUACUACGCGCUGUCGGAGCUGCUCCCGGCGUCGCUCGUCCUGUUCAUCCUGCGCAAGCUGCCCCCGCGGCGACCCGCGGGCUACCAGCCCGUGCGGCCGGGGCCGGACGACAGCUCCCGGACGCAGUCCGCGGCGCCCUCGCCGGCGCGGCCGCAGGGACAGCCCGCGCAGCAGCAGCCCCAGGCGCAGCAGCAGCGGAGCUGA